AGAGGCGCGGCGGGGCGCGCUGUCGCUGUCCGCCCGCACGGUUCUCGCUGUGUUCCUCGUGUYCGCAGCCCCUCGCCAUGAAGGUUGCCGCUGUCGCCUCUUCGCCGCUGCCCGCGGGCGCCGGCGGCCCGCUGAAGGCAGUACGGCCCGGGGAGGCCGCCCGCUGCGGGCCGGGUCUAGGGGUGUCCCCGGURGCGGCGGAGCAGGCGGCCGCCGCGCUGCUGUACGAUAUGAAGGGCUGCUACUCGCGGCUACGGGCGCUGGUGCCGACGCUGCCGCGGCACCGGCGGGUCUCCAAGGUGGAGCUGCUGCAGCACGUUAUCGACUACAUCUGGGACCUGCAGCUGGAGCUGCAGUGCGGGCCCCCCCGCCCCGCCGCCGCUGGGGAUUCCCCCGAGGCUCCGUGCAUUCCCGCUGCCGAUCGGAUCCUCUGCCGCUGAGACCGCUCUGGACCCCCCACGGACGUCCCCGGGAUCGCGAUCCCACCAUGGACAUCGUCCCCGGGACAGCGUCCCURAGCACUGCGGCUCAUCUGCAUCCCYGGCCCGUGGCGGGGCUGCCCUGGGGGUACCCCUGCAGCCUGGGCAGGGGGUGCCGUGGGCCGUGUCCUUCCUUCUCAGAUUGCUGAGAGCAUUCCCCGUAUUGUAUAUUACAAUGAUGCUGGAGAAUAUUGUUCUACAAUAGCUGGAGUUUUGUUAUUAAACAAGUCCUGAUGACCA